AUGCCUGUUUCAUCUCGUGAACAGUCGGAUGCGACGCCGGCAGCAAAUAGCUCCUCUCCGAGUGUAUUCGCCCUGUUCCCCAAGCUUCCUGUUGAACUCCGACGAGAGAUUUGGCGUUUAUGUCUACCACAUCGAGUGUAUGAGAUAGAUUAUGCUGUCGGCGGCUGCUGGUUUCCAUUCCACAAACGUGCACCGUGCCCCUUUACACCUUCAACGCUCCUCAACCAUGAGCCUCCGACGAUCGCCAGGAUUUGCGUUGAGUCUCGAGAGGUCGCAUUUGAACAAGGCACCUUUAAUGAUCACGGAAGACCAGUUACGCCCUUCGAUACGAGAUGGUCCGCUGGCAACUCCAUCAACCACACCAUAUGGGAGGCUCCCGCUCGCACACAUCUCACACACUUAAAUUGGGACGGCCGAUACCAGGCGGAGUACGGCGCUGAAAGCGCUGUGUAUGAACAGCCACUACUUUAUCUGGAGCACUGCGCAGCGAAGAACAAGGAUUGUGGUUCGCUGAUGUUUGUAUACUUGAAACAGAUAUAUACUCAGCGGGAUUGGACCCACGUUCUGAACGUACUGAAUCGCGAGUCUCGAUGGCUAGUGGUAAUGGAUGUCGUAGUAACGCACGCUCCGAGAAGCGUCGCAGCGCCAUUUUUCGGUCUGCUAUACGACGCACCAGUACAAGUCCUUGAUUCCGCCGAUGCUGACAGAGUGGCCGCUAUGUACGAAUUGGCCGAGCAAUGCGAGAGAGGUUGCGAUCCUCGUCAGGCUCAAAGGAUCGUUCGGCGGACAGCGGCCGAGCUUGAUCAUGAACUUCAAGACUUCUUCACAGACAAGAAGAAAUAUCGUGAAGGGAACCUCACUACUCGUUUACGUCCUGCUAUCAUGUUUCGAUGGUGUCCGUACAUGUGCAAUCAUGCGUGUCGACGACUCCCGUCAGCAUGGACAUUCUGGCCGUGA